UUUUUUUUUUUUGAAAAAAAAAAAAAAGGAAUAUAAUUUAAGAGUCAUGAAUACAACUAUUGCUUCACCUUCAUCUUAUGGAACACCUCAUUUUUCUCGCUUUAAAUUAUUUUUUUCGUCAAACAAUGGCAGUAAUAAAAAUCAAUCAAAUGAUUACUAUAACAAUAAUAAUUCAUCAUCAACUGCAGUAUCUUUAUCAAGUACAAUAGUUGGAUUUGGGUUACCAAAUGAUUUUGGAGAUCUGCAAUAUCAAAAAGGGUUAAAAAGUAAUAGUUGGUUUUCAACAAAUGGGAACAAAAAAAAGAAGCAUCGAUAUAAUGUAAGUAGCAGUAGUAACAGUAGCAUUAUUAGCAAUGAUACAGCAGUAAUAAAAAAUAGUAACAUGCAUCAAUGGUCAGCACUUGCAAUACCGCCUACCAUAUUAGAUAAUGAUACAAUUAAAGAGCCUUCUCCUUCGCUCUAUACUCUAGAUCGUAAAAUUUUAUCAUUAACUAAAAAUCUUAAUCGUCGAUCAUACGCUACCAAUAGCGUUAAAAUUAGAGAAGUUCAAGUUGGACCUAGCAGUUUUUCAAAGAUUCGGAUGCUUGGGAAAGGGGAUGUGGGUAGAGUUUACUUGGUGAAACAGAAAGAGACAGAUAAAAUGAUGGCUAUGAAAGUGCUUUCAAAAAAGGAAAUGUUGAGAAGAAAUAAAGUGAAAAGAGUGUUAGCUGAACAAGAAAUCUUGUCAAGUGCUAAUCACCCCUUUAUUGUCUCUCUUUAUCAUUCAUUUCAAAGCCAAGAUCAUCUUUAUUUUGUUAUGGAAUAUUGCUUGGGAGGUGAAUUCUUUAGAGCACUUCAAUCGAGACCUACUAAAUGUCUUCCAGAAGAAGGAGCAAAGUUUUAUGCAGCGGAAGUCAUCCUUGCUUUAGAGUAUCUUCAUUUACAAGGAUUCAUUUAUAGAGAUUUGAAGCCUGAAAAUAUACUAUUACAUCAAAGUGGACAUCUUAUGCUGACUGAUUUUGAUCUAAGUAAGCAAUCACUUCCACCUGGAUUACCGGCUAUUGUCAAAUCUAAUUCACCUCAUAUACCACCUUCAAUUGAUACUAAGACUUGCAUAGCACAUUUAAGAACAAAUAGUUUUGUGGGUACAGAAGAAUAUAUUGCUCCAGAAGUAAUCCGUGGCUGGGGUCAUACAAGUGGAGUAGAUUGGUGGACACUAGGUAUUUUAAUUUAUGAGAUGCUUUACGGCACUACACCAUUCAAAGGGGCUAAUAGAAAUGAAACUUUUUCAAAUAUCAUCAAGUCCGAUAUUUCCUUUCCACCACCACAAAAAAAACAAGCACAGACUGUUUCCAACUCUUGUAAAAAUUUAAUUCGACGAUUAUUAGAGAAACAAGAAAAUAGAAGGCUGGGAUCAAGAGCAGGAGCGUCAGAAGUAAAAGGACAUCAUUUUUUCAAAUCCCUUAAUUUUGCUUUAUUACGACAUAUGACCCCGCCUAUUGUACCUGGUAUAACGGGGCAAACGAAUAAUCAUUAUUUUUAUCAGAAGGGAAGUAGCAUGAGUUUAGAUUUAGAUGCAGAUGAAGCAAUGAAUACUAUUGAUAAUUACUCAGUAGAUCCAUUCUCCAAGUUUAAUUCAGGUAUUUAUCUAUAAUCUACAUUGCUUUUUUAGCGACUAUCUUAAUGUAUUAUUUAUAUUUAUUUAGUAACUUUGUAUCAUGAGGGUGAUUCAGACUCUGAGACGAUUACUUUAAGUGAUAAUGAAGAAGAUCAUAAUGAAAAAGUUUAAUAAUAAAAAA